ACGCUCACCUGCUGACUCUUCGCUAAAAAAAAGACAAGAGCUGCUCGCCAUUUGCACCAAGGGCUGUUUUUUAGAAGUCUACAUUUUUUUGUGUGUGUCUUGUUGGAUUUGACGUUUACUUGGGGGAAAAAAGGAAGUAUGCCACCUAAAAGGCGAACGUUUGUUCUCAAUGAAGUGACGGCCGCCAGAAACUCGCCAGUACCCUCAAAAUUGGCGAGAAAGUCCGGUGUGGUGACUCUGCGUAAAAUGGCCAUGCAUCCGGGCACGAGCGUCAUGGUGGUAGAGGCGCUCAAAGAGCUGGACUCCAGAAAGGGGGUCUCCAAACAGGCCAUCCAGAACUUCAUCAAGCGCAAGUAUCCUUCCGUGGACAAAAUCCGCCUCAAGUACUACGUCCGCAGAGCCCUCAGGAAAGGCCUCGAUGACGGCACCUUGGUUCGCCGUCCCGACUCUACCGUCACCACAGGCGUCGUUGAGAAAUUUCGGCUUGCAGCGAAGCGUAAAGAGUCCAAAGCAAAAGUGGAACCGCGUGUGCAAAAAGCUGCAGAAGUGGAACCGCGUGUGCAAAAAGCUGCCAAAGUGGAGAACGUGGAGCCGAAUGUGCAAAAAUCUUCAAAAGCUGCCGAAGUGGAGCCGAAUGUGCAAAAAUCUUCAAAAGUUGCAAAGGAAGCUCCAAAGACAAAAGCUGGUCGCACAAAGAAAGCUGCUGCAGAUGAUCCAGUAAAACCGCCAAAGAAAAAGGCUACAAAGGGUUCUGACAAGUCCGAGGAAGAUAAAGAAGCUCCUCCCUCCAAGGUGCCACCAGCAAAGAAGUCCAAAGGUAAAAAAGCUGCAAAUGAGACUGUUGAAGCUAAAGGAACUGUGAGGGCCAAAGCGAAGCCCAAAGAGGUCAAGGAAGCUGUGGCUGAUGGGAAGACGAAAGCAAAACCCAAGGAGGCAAAGGGUAAAGCUGAAGCUGCACCAAAAAGUGCUCCUAAAAAAGGAAGGAAGAAGAAUGCAGAGUGAAUGUUGUCUACCGCGAAAUUUUAUUUGUCAAUGGAAAAAACAUCUUAACUUUUGUAACGCUCAACUAUGCCGCAAAUGCAAAAUGUUUGUCAAUAAAAUCUUAACUUUUGUAGCUCCUGACUAUU